AUGCUAAGCAAAGCCAAGAAAGGUUCUCACAUUCGCACAAGAGAUAAUAUGGGGUUUGAAAUGAAAAGGCUUAGGUUUAAGUGCCCCCCAAAGAACUGGGAGGCUAGGUCGUGGUCUGGAGAUGGUAGACGGCCAUCAGGAGCACUCCACUCGACUGGGUUCUCACUCGAUCGAGCUUGCGGCUCUCCUCUUCCUCUUCCUCAAAGUGUGUGGCUCCUUGGCCUUGGUGGAGCUGGCUUAGCUCGUACUGUCCAUAGGGGUUCCAUCUCUGGGAGGUCCUGGUAA